GCUGUGGCACAGAUUGUGGAUGUACAAAGACAACAAUUUUAAUUCAAAGAGAUCCUAUAAGAGUAUAAGAGUCGCGUCCCAGUGUCGGAUAAUCAUUGUAGAACCAGAUUGUACAGCUUAAACAUGAACUGCCUGAAGAUCUGCGGCUUUGUAUGUGCUCUAAUUGCGGCCUUCACGACGGCGGAGACUGCUACCCAAUUGCUGAAUGCUGGCGGCCAUACCCUCAUCCAAAUGGGACCGUACUCAGUACAUACGCAAAAACUAAAUGGAACUAAUGAAAUAACACAAAUAAAUAGUACUUAAAUAUGUGAAACAUU